AUUCUCUAUAUUGUAUAUCUCUAUAUUGUAUAGUAGCAGCACAUUAAUAUCGAAAACCCCUCAUUUAGUCACGUAGGUACAUACCUACCUCUUAUGAGUCUCGUUGCAACCUAACCUAUGUAAUAUUAAGCUGUGCCUUAUAAGCGCCGGAUUUUAUAACUACCCUAGUCCGGUUUAGGUUUUAUUCAAGCGGUGUCGUGCAGGCGACGAGGGCUGCUGAACCUAUAUAGUAUGGUUAUACCCAAAGCGCGUCGCUAGUCAAAAUUAGCUACUUAGCGCUCAUGCCAACCAGGUAGAGUAUACUGCGGCUAAGUAGGGACGGCGUAGUAUAAUCAGUCGAGGAGAAUCUCUUAUAUUUCCCUCAAAUGACAUACUCUAGACCCCUACUUAGAUACGACUCCCUUAACCAAUAUUACUCCCGUAUAUUUCGGUAAUCAUGCUAUCCAAAACCGAGAUACGGAUCCUAGACCUACUACCUUCUUCAGGCUUGAAUAAUAGCGACGCCCCGAUACAAUGCCAAACUCGAGUUGUUCCUUUUCCUACGGAUAUUGAAUUUGAGACACUAUCAUAUGUAUGGGGAACCGUACAGGAUGUCACGAAUAUUAGUGUCGAUGGGAAUGAUGUCCCGAUUACAACAAACCUUGCGGCCGUUUUGAGACGCGUUCGUCUUUCAGACAAGAUUCGGACUGUUUGGGUGGAUCAGCUGUGUAUCAAUCAACAGGAUGAGGAAGAGAAAGCUAAGCAAGUUUCUCUCAUGGGCCGCAUAUACUCUACGACAAGUCAAUGCCUGAUUUGGUUGGGCGAGAUUGGGCAAGAUAUUUCACUCUCUGAUGCUCAAAUUGCGCUAGACUUCCUUCACUAUUUGAGCGAGGGCAGGCGAAAGCAAGAGGGAACUUCGGAACUGAGCGCUUCUGUCGACUUUGACUCAGUGGAAGCUCUACGUGAGCCGAUGCGAGCGUUGUAUACGAUCGGCUUGAAAAAUAACCCGUGGUGGGCUCGAAUGUGGACGUUGCAAGAAGCAAUCCUUCCUCCUAAAGCCUGCGUCUUGUGGGGUGAAUUAUCCAUACAAUGGGAAGUGCUCGUUUCCGCAGCUGCAAGAUGGGUAUCUCUUCCUUAUGACCCUGUUAUGUACGCCUAUAAUGACGCUCUCUACAAUAUCCUCUCACAAGUAAGGGGCUUUGUUUUCGCCAAGGAAAAUCGUCAAGGGCCUUUAGACACAGCGUUUCGCUGGAGUUUUCGCAAUGCAUCAAACCCCCUUGACAAAGUCUAUGGAUUUAUCGGGCUUUUCCCACCUGGAACUCUCCCCCGGGUUCGAUCAUGUGAUUAUGGACUAUCUCGAGCUACCCUCUAUGCUAUGUUCACCGCGGACCUGAUUGAAUGUCAGAAAAGCUUACAUCCCAUCGCCUUACGAUGUUUACGCAACCUUCCAGAGAGUACGCCAGAUAUACCGCGCUGGGCUUUAGACAUGGGCGUCAGUCAUAUUCAGUUCUCAAUGACUGUAGAUGGGAAUGACUGUGCCUGGUACUUAAUGAGUACAUACGACUGCUAUAAUGCCUGCGGCGAAACUACGAUUGAUUGGUCCCGAUUCCGAUACGACCAGAUAUCGAAUACCUUAGAGUUGACAGGCUAUAUGGUUGAUUCUAUAGUCGUGGCUGGGCCAGGGCCAAGGUCACGCAUCGAUGAGCCUGACACUUCCAAUGUUUCACGUGCCGGUGUGGUUCGGUUGAUUCAAGACUGGUAUGGAAUUGCUGAAGAAUUCUAUAAAAGCCAACCACGUCACGAGUCAACCUACGACACAAAUUCAUUCCCAGACUCUUUCUGGAAAGGAUUAGUAGGUAACAUCAAAGUCGAUCCAGAAUUAUUCCCCGAGGGCGAAGCGACGUCAGAAGAUAUAGCGUUAGCAAAGAAGUUCGUUCAAACCGGUAUCAAAAACGAGAUAUACGAGAGCAUAUUUGGAAACAUUGCUCAUAGGCAAAUGAUUAUCACUAAGACGGGCUUACUGGGCUUUGGCCCUAACCAUGCAGAAGUCGGAGACCAGGUUUGGAUCCUGUCUGGUGGGAAAAUGCCGUUUGUAUUGAGGCCAAGUGAAGGACAGUCAUUGUCAACCAAUGAACUUCUUUUCAUUGGAUCCUCUUAUAUAGACGGAAUAAUGGAAGGUGAGGCAAUAGAACUUGAUAAGCCUGCUACUGAUAUUGUCUUGAGGUAAGAAUUGGGAUGCCGGCUGGCCUGUACUCCCGCAUUGUCUAUUGAGGAAAUCAAAUGGGAAAGGUGAGGUAGUCAUGGUCCUGCUCGAGGUAUAUGGAGAAUUCGCUUACAGGUAACAUAAGAUUUAAAUCUUUCUAUAGGGGCAGUUUUAACAUUUGAUAUAAGUUAUUGGAACGAGCAAAUGGCAGCCC